GAGUUUCAUCCGGGCAUUCAUAUGCGUGAUUUUGAUGCGCACGAAAAUUGUGAUUCGUUCGUCGUUAAUCACUUAGAAUUUUUCCAACAAAUCUCUGGCCAAAAUGUCUGGAUGUGAUGAACAAAUUGAGUGUCCAUUGUGCAUGGAACCACUUGAAAUAGAUGAUAUUAACUUCUUUCCUUGCACUUGCGGGUACCAGAUCUGCAGGUUUUGCUGGCAUAGGAUUCGAACAGAUGAAAAUGGAUUAUGUCCAGCAUGUAGAAAGGCUUAUCCAGAAGAUCCUGCAAAGUUUAAUCCUCUUACAGAAGAUGAACUUCAGAGGAUAAAAAAAGAAAGAAGGCAGAAAGAUCUGCAGAGGAAACAGAAAGCUGCUGAAAAUCGGAAACAUUUGGCUAAUGUCAGGGUAGUUCAAAGGAAUCUGGUUUUUGUUGUUGGGUUAUCCACUCGCCUGGCUGAUACAGAAGUGCUUAAGAAACAUGAAUAUUUCGGAAAGUUUGGAAAAAUUCAUAAAGUUGUGAUCAACCAGAGUACUUCCUAUGCUGGGGCUCAGGGCCCAAGUGCUAGUGCUUAUGUUACUUACAACAAAACGGAGGAUGCCCUCAAAGCCAUAACAGCUGUGAACAACGUACACAUAGAUGGCCGAACACUAAAGGCAUCACUGGGCACUACAAAAUACUGUAGCCAUUUUCUAAGGGGAACUCAGUGCCCUAAAAAUGACUGUAUGUACUUGCAUGAACUUGGCGAAGAAGCUGCUAGUUUUACCAAAGAAGAAAUGCAAGUUGGUAAACACCAAGAGUACGAACAAAAGCUAGUAGAACAAUUCAUGAACAGUCAAAACACUGCACAAAGCCAGCCACAAAAUAAGAUAUCUUCAAGGAAGAAGACAGUUUCCCCAGUACAGGUGAUACAGCCGUCUGGCAGUCCUCCACAUGAUGAGAGUCACAGCCCUCCAAUACAACUCAGUACAGGACAGACACAACUGAUUCCCCCAAACACAGCCAACAGAGAGGCAUGGCCAUCAUUACAGUCCAGUGGCAACAUUGGCAGCACAGGCAGCAGCAAAUCCAACCAAACCAGCACCAGCCCCGUCGACAGAAGUCCAGAAAAAAACAAAACUGAAGCCAAAACAACCAGCACUAAAAGUAAACCAACAGAGCCCUUUGCAGACAGCAGACCUGCAUUGACUUUGAUUUCCAGUGCCGAAAGCAUACCUGUGACAUCAUCACCGCCACGUCUUUCCAUGAAAAAUCCAGAAAUGUUAUUAAGUUCCCUUGGCAACAAACGGAAAAAUCUUGGUUUAAAUGAUGGUGACAAUCUGUCCUUGUUUAGUAGCAUCAAUGGCUUCCAUGGAGCAAGAAACCCAAAACCACAUGUACAACCAGUUGUGGAGGUGGCCACUACAGAGAUUCCAGACAGUUUACCAGUGAAUACAACCACAGACUGGCAGGCAGCGUUUGGUUUCGGACAGACACAAAACAACAGCUCUACAAACAAUAAAGAUUGGCUUGAUGAUGACCUAGGUUUUGAUCCACUGGAAGAAUCUUCGCGUGGUCUUGCAGAUUUGCUAGAAAAGGAAAGUUCCAGUAAAGUACCUCCCAGCCUGACUCCCUUCUCCCGCAUGCCCACUUUCAUGCACCCUCAUCACCGGAGCCACAACAGCCUGGGACACAAUCUCCCUCCAGGAUUUUCACACACAUUUCCCCAGCCGGCCCUUUUAGCAAGCUUACAAAGCAGAGGUACUGUCCAUCAAUCACAAACAGAUGUGCUUUCUAGUCGGAUGAUGGGGUUAAUGAACUCUCCUUUACACACCAACCAUUAUCCAGAGAGCAUGUUUACAGAUCUGCUACACAAUAAGGAGCAAACACAGUACAACACAAACCAGCAACAGAAUGACGUUUUCAAUGUGAAAGACUGGCAAGAUGGGUUAAGAGCAUUGUUGCCAAAUAUAAACAUAAGUUUUGGAAGUCCCCAUAAUGACACGCGUACAAACUCACACCACAAUAUGACACAGAAAAACAACACAAACUGGUCAAGCACUACACACAGAACAGACCAGUCCUCUUGGAUGCCAUAUGACCCUGCUAUAUUAACAUCUGGCAAUAUCUCAGAUGGUAACAGUUUACAAGAAGGACAUUGGCUGAAAUCAAUAAACCAUCUCACAGACAUGGACUCGAAUAACCACAGACUACCUUUUGUACAACAGUUGCCUGUUAGAAACACAGUAUGGCCCCCUCAGACACAUAACCCUCCUCCGGGGUUCCAGACACACAUCAGGCCACCCCUACAGACUGCAGAUCCACACAAGCUUGCAGAAGGAUUGCAGUAAACAAACAGCAUCCAGAAAACAGAAGUAUAAGUGAAGAAAUGGCUCCCUGCUUUCUCCUCGAAGAAUCAUAUGUCCUGAGACUUGCUCACACCCUGUUGCAUCUCCAUAUGCCCAUGUGUCACUUGUGACUUUAACAGAAAAUGCAUACCUUAUCAGUAAUUAGUUUACAAAAUGGUGACACAAUUUGGACAAUUCUUGUAUGUAAAUGUCAGUCAAAGUAUGAAGGGUUUUCUAUACUCAAUUUUCUCGUGUAUCUAAAAUUUCAUGAUGGAAAUAUAAAUAACUAUUUUCAUUUUUGCCAUAAUUUCGUGUAGUUCAGUUAACCCAUUUAUGCCUAGGGUUUAGAAAAAAGGCCUUGGAAAACAGCGUUGACCCAGAUGAGACACUGCAUGAUGCGGCGUCUCAUCAGGUCUGCACUGUUUGCUGAAAGGAAUUUCUUUAAGAAAUAUUCUAAAUAUAGAAAUAAGUAUACUAGACAUCCCUAAUUUUGGAAAUAAAUUGAUCCAAUUGGAAGGAUGGGAGAGUCCACUAGGCAUUAAUGGGUUGAGAGUAUAUUUGGUUCAUCUGUUGCUUAAUAUUGAGGAUCUGCUGGCAUUGCAUUUGGUGUUGGAACUGUUUUUAUGGUAAUCAUUAACAUGACAAACAGGUAGUAUUUUGAUGACAUUUCAUCCUUUGUGUUUCAUAAAUAGGAAAAAGAUAAUUGAAAAAGUAUAUUUUUAUUUUGUGCCAUACACUGUUUUUGUCUCAAUUAAUAUUGACAGUCAUUCAGCAAUCUAAUUAUAUGUGCUGUUUUUUUUCAUAUUAUUUCAAAACAUUACAAAAUUAACUUAAAUUUGUAAAUAUGUCAAUCAUCUACUUUCCAAAUUGUAGUUUUAAGAAAGUGGAGUAAAGUAGGUGGUCUAGCACAAGGAAAUGUGACAUUAAUGAUGGCCCUCAUGUGAUUUUCUUUGAAUAUUAAUUAUGGGUGUUUGAACACACGGAUUAUAAUCUUAACACUGCAGUGCUUAAAAAUCAGUUUAAAAAUUACUUAAUUUGCAGUAAAAAGAAAGUUAAUUAUGUACAUGAUGACUUGUGGCAGCAUAAUGUGUGUCCGGUUAUUCUUUAAGUCAUAUGAUUACAGUUUGUGAUAUGGACACCGUUGGAGACAAAGAGAAGUUGUCUUAAUAUGAGCCAUGCUCUGUGAAAAGGGUUUUUUAAUGUAUGGGCGUAGUUUUGUCCAAGAUUAGCCUGUGCAGUCUGCACAGGCUAAUCAGGGACAACACUUUCUGCAAAAACUGGAUUUUUGCUAAGAAAAUACUUUCUGUAAACAAAAAAAACAUUAGAGCAGAAUGUGUCUGCCCUGAUUAGCAUGUGCAGACUGCACAGGCUAAUCUGGGAUGGCAGUAAUCACAUGCAUUACACUCCCUUUUCACAGGGCACGGCCUAAAUAUAUGAUUAAUUUCAUGCAUAUUGUUUAUGGUCUAUUGUGAAUGUAUUCAUUUUCUUGUGCAAGAUUCCACUACUGCUGCUGCGAUAUUUAAUGUUUUUAGUUAUUAUCAUUGUGUGACAAACUUAAGCAUGGGGACCAUGUCUGUUUAUUUUCAUUAAUACAAGUAGAUUUCUUCAACUGGAAAUACCCUCAGAUAUUUCCAAUGCAAAGCUACUGCAAGUGUGUGUUUUAAAAUAAACAUUAGUGCUCAUUUGUUUGACAACAGUGACAAUGUCAAAGCAAGUCUGUCUGUGCUCUUACAAGGUAGUCUUUAUUGCCUUUAUUGAAAUGUCUGUUUGCUUAUGUGAAUUGCAACUGUGCAGAGAUAUGAUUAAACAUGGAGCAAACGUCCAGUUAGGUGAAUGAGAGGUAAUGAUGGGGGCUGAAACAAAUACUGGCAAUGCUACAUGUAUCUGAACAACGCAUAUGGGAUGUCUAGUAUGACAAUGUCAUGAAUUCUAAUAAAGUACUAUCAGCUAUA